AUGUCAAGGUCUCUUUCUUCCUCUUCCUCCUCAGACGCUGGAUCAUCAAGUCAUGCCUUAAGUAGUGCACCUAGCUCUCAGAAUGUUCAAUCCUCUGCUAUUCACGGAUCUCCUGCUGAAGAGGGAGAGUCGAACCCAGACUCGCGCGUCUUUGAGCGCUGGCGACGCGCCUUUGCAGAGUUGACAGGUAUCGGGCUCACCUCAGGACAACGAGCGGAUGUUAUUGCAGAGCACCAGAGAAGAACGUGUGAGAAGUGGAAGAAUGACCUUGUGAAGUAUAGCCCUGCGGUGACCUUCAUGCUUGAGCGCAUCAGCAAGGAGACCGGUGCACGUAUUUCGCCGUCAGAGCACAUACUUUGUCUUCCCUGCGAGAAGACGCGCUCGGGUGGGUUCACGCCCGAGGUUGGUGCGGUUCUGCUUUGUCAAGGCAACUUCUGGAGCAAGAAGCACAUGGAACACACAUUAACUCAUGAACUGGUGCACAUGUACGAUCACUGCAAGUUUGACGUCAACUGGAGCAAUUUAAGGCAUCAUGCAUGUAGUGAGAUCCGGGCGAAUAGCCUCGGAGGGGACUGCAAGUGGACUCGUGAGGUGCGACGGUUGUUUUUCAACUUCUCCAAGCAGCAUCAGGAAUGUGUACGCCGACGUGCUGUGCUGUCCGUGCAGUCGAAUCCCGCGUGUCCGAGCCGGGAGGAGGCAGAACGGGCUGUGAAUGAAGUGUGGGAGAGUUGCUUCAAUGAUACACGGCCGUUCGAUGAGAUCUAUUAGAGUCCGCGGGCAUUCAUGUAGUGCAUCCACGUGUAAAUUAUUCGGUACAAUGGAAGAGUGGAUAUAUUUACAUAGAAAGC